AUGAGCCAGGCGGGGUCUGGGGCGGAGCGGGACCCUCUGGGCGGGCCUCCGCUGACCGCGGUCCUGCCAGCAGCGCGGGCCGGCUCGUCCCUCCCGCCCGUACGGACCGGUGUCGCGGCGCCGCUGCCUCCCAUGCUGCGGGGCCAAGGGACCGGCAAUGUGGCACAACUACCGCAGCCCCCCGGGCGGAGAGGUCCCGUUUUGAGCGCCAUUCUCGCGGCCAGGGAGCCCACGAACGCACCAGCAGCGCCACGCGGCCCACCAGGCGCCCCCCCGUCGCAGCCGCAGCCGCCGCCGCCGCCGCAGCCCGCGCAUCGACCGACGGCCCCAUCUUCUGCACUCCCGAACCGGCAAGGCGCAUUGCGGGCCAUAUUGACGACCGCUGAGCGGCCCUCGGCAGGAAACGCACCUCCACUCCGGGGCGUCGCUAGCCGAGCCGCCCCGCCGCCCGCCCCCGCGCCCGCCAUCCCCGCAGCCCCACCACCAGCACCGGCGGCUCCACAGCCCGCACCGAGCGCCGCCCCAUCGCAGGCGGAGAGUGCAGCACCGCCGCCAGCGCCGCCGUCCAUUGGGGGCGCAGCGGCGCCCGCGUCGCGGCAGUCGCAGCCCUCCGACGCCCCGGGCGAUCCGGUGCAGCCGCGCUCGCGGCGCGUGUCCGCCCCGCGGCCGUCCGCGCAGACAGCGGCCCCCGCGCGCCGGGCGCGCACCACGGCCGGAAGCGACGCGCUGCGAUCCGCGCGGCCGACGGUGCACGAGGCCGCCGCGCCGACGGGGCCUGCGUGCGACGUGAACUUCAUCGGGGAGGUCGUUGGCUGGCGGGAGGGGACUGGCAAAGAAAACACCCCCGUGCUGUGCGAGUGGUCCAUCAAGCUGCCCGACGACCCCGCAGACGGCUGGACGACGGUCGCGGGACGCACAUCGGGAGUGACGCAGGUGGCGUGCGGGAGCAAGAGCUCGCCCGUCGCGGUGUGGGCGCACCCGCUCGACGUGCACCUCCAGGCGCGGCGGCUCGCCACGUGGCCGCGCAUCAACAUCAAGGUGCUGACGCGGGACGCUGACGGCAUGGAGAAGGCGCACGCGUACGGCUCGGUGGCGCUGCCGUGCGCGCCGGGCUGCCACGUGGUCACGGCGCAGUGCUGGCGCGCGCACGACCGCCGGACGGAGGGCCGCGAGAUUUUGCGCGUGUUCUUCAAUCAGGAGCCCCCCAAGUUGGAGAAGGAGGAGGUGGCGUACAGCGUGACGGACCCCGUGCGGCAGACGUUCCUGUCCACGCAGGGCGCGGGCGCCGUGGUCCUGCGCGUGAUGCUGCUCACGCGGGGCGUGGACGCGGUGCUGCCGGCAACGCUGGCGUCGCGCCGCAGCAAGGCGCGCGCGCAGGGGCCGCUCGACGACGGGCUGUCGGAGGGGCUCGCGUUCGUGCGGAGCGGCCGGGGCGCCGCGAUCGAGCGCGCGCGCGCACGCGUGCAGGGCAUGACGCUCGAGGAGAUCCGGCGGCAGACCGCCGUGCGGAGAGCCGCGGCGAGGGCUGGGGGGACUCGCGCGUCCGCGGUGGAGAGUGCGGGCAGUGCGGGGCGCCGGACGGCGACGGAGAGCGCGCAGCAGCGCGGGCGGGCGCGCCGGCGCUCGGCGCUGGUGGACUCGCCGUCGCGGCGCGCCCCGGCCUCGUUCCGCGCCCCGUCGCGCCUGGGACAGUCUGGGCUGGAACCUCUGUCGCCAGACAGCCAGCAAGGGGGCACGCCGGACGAGUCGCGGUCGCCGAUGGGGCGGUCGAUGACGACGGUGGACCGCCAGCGGCAUCUGGGGGCCGCCGCGGCGAUUCGUGCGUCGCGGGCGGGCGCCGCGCCGCAGCCGGCGGCGGCGCAGGCCACGCCGGAGCGCAAGGCGCUGGAGCGCAUGCUGUCCAAGGUGCAGGAGGGGGAGGAGGGUGGGAGCUAG